AUGCAGACCGGACCCCUGAACUGCAGGCUAAAUACGGGGGUUCCGGUCCUCCAACGGUUUUUCGCCGGCGACGACACCAGGGAGGACUUCAGGCUGAGCCGAGAGUCCCUGGCAGUGCUGCUGGACCUCCUCCAUCAGGACCGGAGGCAUGGAUGGGGCGCCACAAUAGAGACUUUGGUUCUCCUCUUUUGGCUGGCCAGUGGGACAUCAUACCGGGUGGUCUCAAGGGUGUUUGGGAUGCCCCGCUCCACUGUCCACCGCAUCGUCCACCGAGUUACGGAGGAGGUAGUGGCCAUUCGCCACAGGGUCAUCUACCUCCCGAGGUCCGCUGACGACCUGGCGGCCGUAACUCGGGGGUUUGCAGGGCUGGCUAGGCCCCGCGCUUUUCGCAAAGCUGCCGGUGCAAUCGACGGCUGCCAUGUCAGAAUUAAGCCACCAAGCGGUCCUGAUGGUCACUGCUACAUCAACAGAAAACUGUUUGCAUCAGUAAUCAUGCAAGCAGUCUGUGACCAUCAGGGCCGCUUUAUUGACACCUACGUGGGCUGGCCGGGGUCUGUGCAUGACGCAAGGGUACUCCGGCACAGCCCACUGUACAGGCAGAACAUCUACCCUCCUCCAGGGCAUUUCAUUCUGGCAGACAGCGGGUACCCGUGCCUCCAGCACCCACUCCCCCUCAUCACUCCCUACAGGCUGCAGGUACGAGGUGUGGCGGCCCAGCGCUUUAACGGGCAUCAUGCCAGGGCACGCUCUAUAAUUGAGCGUGCCUUUGGCAUGAUGAAGACCCGAUUUCGAGCCAUCUUUUUAAAAGCGCUGGAGAUCCGCCACACCUUCGUGCCACAGGUACGUCAUCCCUGCACACAAUAUUUUUGUUAUACUUGAAUAUAUAUAAAUUAAUGAAUUAAAUAAAAAGACCACGAAAACUUAUUAUAUAUUAUUAUACUUAUAUUGUUAUAUUUUUUUAUUUAUUAAAGGUCUACAUACUUUAUGUUCAUAUAAAUAUUCCUCUAAAAUUCAGGUCAUCACCGCUUGUGCUGUCCUGCACAAUAUCUGCCUGGGUGCCGGUGACACCAUGGCACCAGAGGAAGAUGUGCAGGACGGCAUGCCAGAGGAUGAGGUGGAGGACAGGCUGGAGGCAGUCAGUGGUGCCCGCUGGCGGGACAGAUUGUCCGCAGAAGUGUCGGCCCUGGAGGAGGUAGACCACGACCACGUCUACCUGUAA